AUGCCGUGGUUUGGUGGCUCCUUCAUGCUCUCUGGACUGCUGUGCAAGCUGGUCUACUUCAACAAUAUUACUGGAGAGGCAUCCUUUGACAAUUCAAGCAGUUGCCCAAAUAUAAAAGUGGAGUUAUGUAGCAGCAAUUGCCCUGCUGGAGCUACGACCUUGAGCUUUGUGAACUCCAACAACAUAAAGAUCAAAGGAUUGCUGUCACUAAACAGCCAAAUGUUCCACAUUGUGAUAAAUGGCUGCCAGAAUGUGCAAGUCCAAGGAGUCAGAGUGAUAGCUGCUGGUGACAGCCCAAACACAGAUGGCAUUCAUGUCCAAUUAUCAACUGAUGUUGUGAUCAUGGAUUCUUCGAUUAAAACCGGGGAUGAUUGUAUCUCAAUUGGACCCGGGACUAAGAACCUGUGGAUCGAAAGGGUCGGAUGUGGCCCCGGCCAUGGCAUCAGUAUCGGAAGCUUAGCCAAGACCACGGAUGAGCGCGGGGUUCAGAAUGUGACAGUUAAGAACACAGUUUUUAGUGGCACUACAAAUGGGUUUAGAAUUAAGUCGUGGGCCAGACACAGCAACGGUUUUGUUAAAGCAAUUCGAUUCAUUGGAGCCACUAUGAUUAAUGUCCAAAAUCCAAUCAUCAUCGAUCAAAACUACUGUCCGCACAAUUUAAAUUGCCCCAAUCAGGUAUCGGGCAUACAAAUAAGUGAUGUCAUGUAUCAAGGCAUUCGAGGAACAUCUGCCACACCAGUAGCUAUAAAGUUUGAUUGUAGCUUCAAAUAUCCAUGCAAAGGUAUAAGACUGCAGAAUGUAAACUUGACCUACUUAAAGAAAGAAGCUCGGUCAACUUGCACCAACGCGAUUGGAAAAACAUAUGGUCAAGUUCUGCCAGAUAAUUGUUUGUAAUUUUUCUGUUUUACUGUGAAGUAUUUAUAUAUUUUCUCUUUGUAAUUAACUGUUUGUAUAUAAAUUAAUAAGUUAUAUAUCGUUGGUAUUUGAUUGUUGAGA